AUGAAUUUCUUUCGUCUGAAAUCAUUGCUCACCCUGUGUAUCGUAUUGAACAUUGUCGCCGGUCAAUAUCCCAACACUCCGAAAGAAAAGGGUUUAACAAAGUUUCGAAAGCAAUGUCUGAAAAUCCACAACGACUACCGGAAGCUUCACAGAAGUCCAAAAAUGGUUCUAAAUGACAAGAUAAACUUGUGGGCUCAAGACUGGGCAGAACAAAACGCUGCUCAGGACAGUAUGCAACACCGAUCGAACAAUCCUUAUGGCGAAAAUCUUUACUACUUUGGGCCAUCGCCAGCUCCCAAAGGACCAAACCCAAAAGAUGUGGUCAAAGCCUGGUACGACGAGAUCAAGGACUACAACUUCAAUAAUGGGGGGUUCAGUGGCGCAACUGGCCAUUUCACUCAAGUAGUGUGGAAAAAUUCCACAAAGCUGGGCUGCGGCUGGGCACGUUCCUAUCGCAAUAACAUCUACGUCGUGUGCAACUACAGUCCACCAGGAAAUUAUAUGGACAAAUUCAAGGAAAACGUUCUCAGACCAAAAAAAUAA